AUGUUGUCAGGAGGAACCAUUCGCUGGAAAAGUUUAUCAUGUUUGAGUGCAUUGAUAUUUCCCAAUAAAAUAUCAACUGAGCAGCAGUCUUUGGUGUUAGUAAAGAGGCUCCUAGCAAUUUCAGUAUCCUGUAUCACGUAUUUGAGAGGAAUAUUUCCAGAACGUGCUUAUGGAACAAGAUACCUAGAUGAUUUUUCUGUCAAAAUUCUGAGAGAAGAUAAAAAUUGUCCAGGAUCUACACAGUUAGUGAAGUGGAUGCUAGGUUGCUAUGAUGCCUUACAGAAAAAAUAUCUAAGGAUGGUUGUUCUAGCUGUGUACACCAAUCCAGAAGACCCACAGACAAUUUCAGAAUGUUACCAAUUUAAAUUCAAGUACACCAAUAAUGGACCAAUAAUGGACUUCAUAAGUAAAACCCAAAACAACAGAUCUAGCAUGUCACCUGCUGACACCAAGAAAGCAAGUAUGCUCCUUGUUCGCAAAAUUUAUGUUCUAAUGCAAAAUCUGGGACCUCUGCCUAAUGAUGUUUGUUUGACCAUGAAACUUUUUUACUAUGAUAAAGUUACACCACCAAAUUACCAGCCUCCCGGUUUUAAGGAUGGUAAUUGUGAAGGAGUGCUAUUUGAUGGGGAUCCAAUGCAUUUAAAUGUGGGUGAAGUUCCAACACCUUUUCAUGCCUUCAGAGUAAAAGUGACCACUGAGAAAGAACGAAUGGAAAGCAUUGAUUCUGAUCUACUGUCACAAAAAGUAUCAUUGAAAACACCAUUAUACAAAAUCCUGAUGGAUGAUGAAGAGGAGUAUUAUGUAAAUACGGAUUUUGACACUGAAACUAAAAUGAAAGAGGAAAAAAAAACCUCUGGAUCUUCAGAAUUUGGAGAUUGUGAGGAAGAUGAAACUAUGAGGUCUAAGGAGAGUACAGAUAUUUCAGUUUCUCAUUCUCAGGUUGAGCAACUAGUCAGUAAAACAUUUGAACUUGAUGUGUCUGAAGGCAAAACAAGAAGUGGAAAAAUCUUUCAGAAUAAGAUGGCUAAUGGAAAUCAACCAGUAAAAUCUCUUAAAGAAAAUCGGAAGAGAAGUCUACCUAAAUCUGGAAAAACAGUCCUUCAUCAUUUUGAUUCUUCUAGUCAAGACUCAGUACCAAAAAGGAGAAAGUUUAGUGAACCAAAGGAACAUAUAUAA